AUUAUUAAAGUAGCCGAGGAGUAUGGCUGGCGGUGUCUCUAAAGGGUUAAAUCUCCCAGCAGAAGGUGGUACCGUGACUGUUAGGUGUUUGGAUGUGGGACUGCCUCAGUGUGAAAUGUGGAGACGCGCUGAGUGGAGAGAAGCGCACAUCGCGCACUGUGGGAUACUUUACUUGACACCCGCCUUUUACGCGCGCGCUCGUCGGGAUUGAGUCGCGCGGGAAGGAUCAUUUUCCUCUGUUGAUGUGAUGUUUGGAGCGAUGCCGUCAGUGUAGCACUUUCUUUGUAGGGGAAGCAUCAGUGGAUGGAACAAGGAGCAAUUUAUCAAUUAAGUCAGCAUUUACACUAAGAAAAAAAAGGUGACCACAGAGAUGGUUGAGCUGCUAAUCUUCACAUCUUCAAGAGGAUCUUAAAUAAGUACACCCCGAUAAGUCACACGGAAGAUGGGAGCUCUGCAAAUAUUCCUCUUUUUCCUCCUCCUGCAUCAGGUCUCCGCCAGGAAAGUACGCGGGGGAGCCACAGAGCUCAUCGAGUGGGGGGACGGCGCACACGAACAGACGUCUCCCACCGGGGCUAGUCCGCGGAUCCUCAACCCCUUGCGCCUGUUUGCAAGGGCCUCCCCGGGGUUCAAGAGCAACGUGAGGGAAAUGUCAUAUUUACAGAACAUGGAGGACUUCUGGGACUGGUUAUCCAACCAGACAGAUGUUCAGGAUCCCCAGGCCAGAACUAAACGCAGGCCCAUCGUCAAGACCGGCAAGUUCAAAAAGAUGUUCGGAUGGGGCGACUUCCACUCCAACAUCAAGACGGUCAAACUCAAUCUGCUGAUCACAGGCAAGAUCGUGGACCACGGCAACGGCACCUUUAGCGUUUACUUCCGCCACAACUCCACGGGUCUGGGCAACGUGUCAGUGAGCCUGGUGCCGCCCUCCAAGGUGGUGGAGUUCGAGAUGGCGCAGCAGUCCACGCUGGAGACCAAAGACACCAAAUCUUUCAACUGCCGAAUCGAAUACGAGAAAACGGACCGCAACAAGAAGACGGCACUGUGUAGCUUCGACCCGUCCAAGGUGUGCUACCAGGAGCAGACGCAGAGUCACGUGUCCUGGCUCUGCUCCAAGCCCUUCAAGGUCAUAUGCAUCUAUAUAGCCUUCUACAGCGUGGACUAUAAACUGGUGCAAAAGGUUUGUCCCGACUACAACUACCAUAGCGACACACCUUACUCCUCCACAGGAUGACCGCUGAGACUUUUGUUUGACCUUUAAAUCACCGUCAUUCGAACCUCUAAACUCCUUUCUCCUCCACUCAGCCAACCAGACCCUGAGGUGCAGCGCACCCUAAAAUGGUUGUCAGAUACUUUAACAUGUUCUCACCAGAGUUUAAGCCCUGCUUCAGCCCAGUAAGUUUUUUCAAUGUACCAGGCCACUUUUCAUCAGGGUACAAUAGAAUGCGGUAGAUGCUGGCUUAUCACGGGGGUGACAAUACAGGUCCACCACCAAAUGGCAAAAAUUGAUACACCCAUAAAAAUGUCGAUUUUUGACACACGGCUCUCUCCUUCCCAUCCAAACCCUCCUGCUUGCUUGACGUUGCCUUUCCGAUGAUAACAGUAAAGAAUCAAAGUGACCGACCUUCUCCUCUCUCUUCAAUUGCUGUUGUAAACUUGCAACAUUUUCCAGGUUUAAGCCAUAAACACACUUAUUCAACAGUCUAAAAUACAUCAUUACUCAAAAACUAAUGACUGGUGAUGCAAGGUGAUUGCUGAACAGAUGGAAUGGGCACCAUAGUGUAGCCUUUAGUCUGGUCGUCAGGCUAAGGCCAAGGCUAGCGGCUACAGGCUAGCGAAAGUGCUUCUCCGGGCAAUCGACGUUUAUCAUCAUAUAUUAACUUGAGUUCACGCCAGACUGACUGCUAGUGUGGUGCAGCACGCAACUACAGUGUGGUGUGUUCAAGGACCACCAAAGUAAGUGCAAUAUCUCUCAACAUUUGCCGGAAAAAAAAAUUAGUGGAGCACAAAGACAUGUAAAAAUUGUGGGCUCCUUUAACAGUGGUAAAUGUAUGCUAUCCCUUUUUUAAGAAAUUCUAUUUUCAGGGAUAAAAAAAAAAUAAGUGCAAUAUUGUAUGAAAACCAAGACUGUGUAGAAAAACCGAGGCAAAAUUUACGAAAAAAAAACCCAUACCAAAACUGGUAUGUUUGUUUCACCACAUUUUAUACAGUUUAUAAAUUCCCUUCCAACUUGAAAAUGUAGAGUUUUUUUCAAAUCAAUUAUAAUAAAUAACCAUAUAUCCAUGAAAAGUUGUACAACCCUAAUUGGCAUUAUACACUCGAUUCCUGCACUUUUGUGAUUCAGCAUUGACGGCACGGCAUUUUUUUGUUUAAAACAAUAUAAUAAAAGUAAAACAAAAUACAUCUCAUUCACCAUAAGUUCAUAAUAAUUGAUAAACGUGAUAAUACGGGUACAAUGCUUCAAUAAUGAUGUUUUUUUGUCAAGCGUUCAGAUUUUGCACUUUGCUAGGCGGUUCUUGAACGCAUCAGAGUUGCUGUAAGACAAUUGUUCUGUAACUGAGUUGAAUGACAAUGACAACAGUCGCUUUUAUUCUUUACUUAUAUAAUUAGAGGAUAACAUCAAGCUCGCAGGAAGGUUCGGAGGGGGAGGAACGAGCUAUGUGUCAAAAGUCAAUCGUUUUAUGGCAACCUCAAUAACAUUUUGCUCUUUGCUGGCUGCCCAGGGAGGGAACCGCCAUAAAAAGUAACUUACAGAUCUACUGUAUUGUGUUAUUUAUAGUUAAGAUUUUUCAAACAAUCCAAAAACGAAUAGUAUUAUUAGUAAUCGAGUUUGGCUGUGGAUUGACAGCUUGAGAAUAGCUUUCCCCAUCCGCCCCCAGCAAAGCGCUGCUAAUUAAUAUGUUGCCCAGAUGUUGCUUUGAAGGCGCGGCCACAUGCCAGCAAGUUGGAGGUGAAAAGGAUUCCCUCCCCGCCUUCUAAGCGAGCCAAACGUGGCUCUGCGUGCGCUUGCAUUUAUUCUUACCUUUUCAUUGAGCACAAUAACGAUGAUUUUCAAAAGCUUUGACCGAUGGCUGUCUGGAUAAUAGACGCACCGUGACAGCCGUUGUCCAAUGAGCCGAAUGAAAGUCAAAUGACGGAUUGACGCGAGCAUGAAGCGAGAAAAGGAGCCGAGUUGAAGAGAAUAACGGAGAAUCAUUAACAUCACCGGCUCCUGCUUGCCAAAUGUCUAAUUGUAGUCUUAAUUCUUCACCAUCAUCACUAUCAUCAUUAUAGUGCACGUGUGCGUGGUAAAAGCGGUCUGUCCGCCCGAUGAACAUGAAGGCAUCACGUGGCGUUCAAGUGUCAGGAGAGGAGACAAUAAUCAGCACUUUGUCAGCCGCCCUGACAUCACCUGGGAAAUGUCAUGUUGGGAAGUCUUUCCAUGCGAGACAUAAAACACAUCUGGAGAUGGAAGGAGGACGUGUCGGUGGAACAUCUGGUCUUAUAGUCAAGUGUGGAACGUGCUUUGACUGUUCAGCACGGUUAAAGGCCAUAUGUCAACUGACUCCAUCCGACUGUGUGCCGUGUAUUUUACACAUCAUGUAAAUGAUCCUUAUAUGCUCACUUACUUAUAUUCACACAUUAUUUCAUUAGUUCAAGUACACAUCAAUACUUAGGUACAUUAGAUGGACUUUUUCUUGACUUUACCGGAGAAAACAGGAGAUAAACUUUAAACAAGUUUUUAGGUAUAUUAAAUUAAAACAUGUAUUGGAUGGAGCAAACUUUACUUUUUAGUUAUAUUAGAAAUAAAAUAAAAAUACAUAUUCUACAAAGUCAUACAUAUUUUUUUUACCCAAAAGCUCGAGUGUGUUACCUUGACACAUGUCAGGGUAAAAAAAAAAAUCUUCAUCAAGGUGAAAACGUUACUAGACCUGUGCUUCUGAAAUAGUGGACGGGUCCCUUUAGGGGGUGCGAGAGACUGGGAGUACUUUCAAUGUUAGUGCAGACCUGUCAACAUCCAUUCAUUCAUAUUCUACCGCUUUUCCUCACAAGGGUUGUGGGGGGUGCUGGAGCCUAUCCCAGCUGUCUCGGGGCGAGAGGCGGGGUACACCCUGGACUGGUGGCCAGCCAAUCACAGGGCACAUAUAGACAAACAACCAUUCACACUCACAUUCAUACCUAUGGACAAUUUGGAGUCGCCAAUUAACCUAGCAUGUUUUUUGGAAUGUGGGAGGAAACCGGAGUACCCGGAGAAAACAUGCAAACGUGCCCGAGGAAAGGCAUCUCUCCCAAGGGGGGAAUUGAACCUAAUUCCCAAUUGUGUGGCCUACAUGCUAACCACUCGACCACGACCUGUCAACAUGUACAAAUUUAUUGUACUCAAAAUCGGACGCUUCACAGCUUCACAGCUUCACAGCUUCACAGCUCUCCGUUUCACAGCUCAUGACAGAAAAUAUAUGAGAACCACUGCGUAAACUGCGAGUAAACCCGAGUUUUUUGUUGUGUUCAGGUUAAAAAAAAUACUUGCAUUUUUAAGUAUAUCAGAUUGUGUACACUUCAGUUUUGAGGUAUAUUAUAAAUAUUACUUUAAUAAAUAUGAAAUACAUUUUUUAACCCCAUCUAGUCUAUCUAAAUAUAUUUUAACAUUAACACGUGAAAAAAUGUAUUGAAUAUACCUAAAAAGUUGUUUUUCUCCAUCUUGAUGUGUGUUAAGGUUAAAAACUUUUUAGGUAUAUUACAUAUACCUAUAUAUAAAUAAAUAUUGCUUUUUAAACUCCAUCUAAUAUACCUAAAUACUUCAGUUUUUUCCAUCUGGUAUAUUAGGACUAGUACAGUAUAUAAAUAAAUAUAAUUUUUAAACUACAACUAAUAUACCAUCUGGUAUAUUAGAAAUAGUAUAUAAAUAAAUCAAUAUAUUUUCUAAAAAAAAAAAAUAAAAACUUCAGUUUUUUCAUCAUCUUCACGCGUUUUAAAAAAUGAAAUAUUUAGGUGCAUUAGGUUGUGUAUUUUUUUAGAUACAUAAGAAAUAUAGUAUAAAUAUAUAUUACAUAAAUUCGGAAAUAUUUUUAAUGCCAUCUAAUAUACCUAAAAACUUGAUUUAUGUUCUCAUCUUGUGUGUUAAGGUACAAAAUCCUCAUAGUUUUAGAUAUGUUAUAGUAAACUCAAGGUUUUAGGUGUACAUGAAGGUAAAAAAAAAAAACAAACCUCCAUCUAAUAUAUCUAAAACAUGAGGGUUUUUAGGCAUAUUACAGUAGACGGAUGUAGUUUUUUUUUUCACCUGCGACAUACUUCAAAUAAGUGUUUAACCGUCAAGGUAAAGGAGUCCAUCUAGUACACCUAAACAUGUGUCAGAAUAUAAGAAAGUGAAGACAUAUUCAACAAGAAGAUAAAAUAAAGCUAUUGGAACUACCGUAACUGUAAAUGAUCCUUCUAGAACGGAGGAGUGUAUCAUACCAAAACCCAGUCACUCUGAAAUGAUGUCUUUUGAGUUGUGUGUAGAUGCUGUGUGUUAACGUGUCCAAAAGGAACCUCACACUGGUUAUUAUUUUCCAAAGAACAUCAAUAAGUGAACCGUUUGUUGCUCCUGGUGUUUGUAUAACAUGUAGAUAAAUGUCAAAUUUACCUUUAUGAGUCCCUGCUUGCUUUUUCUUGUUAAUUUGUUCCAAAGGAGUACUAGUUAUGUGUAUAGUGUAAGUACAAAUGUUCUUUUUUUGGGGGGGUGCAGUAUUUGAAUAACCAAUAAUUGAAUUGUGGAAAAGAACUGCGGUUUAUAAAAAGGUAUUAAAGUUGAUUUAAAGUUGGUGCAGCGUAGUGGUGUUCUGUACGAGAGAGUCGUUUUUUUGUUUUUUUUGUUUGCUCCCACAAGGACGUCUCAGCAGAAUAAACACAGCAUUUUCCGAAAUGCAUUUCAGUGUAGCUUUUUAAUAGCCAAUAAAUCUGUGUCCACAGGCGUGUGUGAUACCAAAGGUACACCUCAGGGAGCACAUCCAUUCAGCAGGGGGCCACAGGCGACAGGGGUCUUUUCUUUGGCUUCCAUUACUCUUAUCUGAUCAGGGCCAGGUAUCCACUCCCCAGCAUUAAGACUCGAGGAUGUCCUGCCCAAAGUGUCCGCAUCCUUCACUGGUGAUGCUUUUUUUAUUUAUUUUUUAUUUUUUUAGUGCUGGCACUCGAAUAAAUGUCAUACAUGAACACACUUCACAUGAUGCGUUCCUGCUGUAUACCGUAGCAGCUGAAUGCAGGUUUGUUGACUUUUUGAUUGACAGCACAUAUUAAUUAGCAAGGAUUGGUGUGCAUGUUAAUUUCCUCCUGCCAGCCUGUUGCUUCAAUAGCACACAAUAAUGGAAUGAGGCAGCCGUGUUUAUAAAGACCUUCAACUUGUGUAUCAAUGUGUAUCUAUGACGCCAUUAAAGUUAUUCAGCAAAACUAGCUCCCGUCGGAGGCAACUCUCAUUACGUCAAUAUUCAAUUAAAAAUGGCCAAUUAACACAUAUUACUACAUGAAACCGCAAUUGACGUUGAGGUAAUUUAUUAAAACAAUGUAAACAAGAUGGGAACUUACUUUUUGUUCCGUUAUUGGUGUUGCUCGGGGAUUGAAUGGGCGUGGCACGUCUUUGUUGUGGGGCGUCGCUGAGUGAAAUUAGGUGUACGUUGAGUUGUAGUUUAAGUAGAAAAGUUCAACCCUGGAGACCAAUAGAAAUAUUAUAUUUGAGUAUAUACAUCGUAUAUCAUAUACAUAGUAUUAUAUUAAAGUAUAUACAUGUUUCUUUAUUUGAUGGUUUAUAUAUAUAUUGUAUAUCCCCCCCACACCAUUGUUGGGGCACGUGAAAACAUGUCCAAUAAUAUGCCCAUUCGAUUUUAAUUAUUAUGAUUUUAGUUAUACUAUAAAUAUACAUACAUGUAUUUGAGCGUUCAAAGAAAACCGCGUAUAGUGUGUGUGUGUGUGUGUGUGUGUGUGAGGUUUAUCACAAAAUAGCACCUGGGAUGCAGCAAGCAGCACUUGAAUCAUUUCUGCCGUCAACGAGUCACUUCCUCAUGUAAGACUGCACACUUCAUUUCCAGUCAGGCAAACGAUGUGAUGUUAGAGCACCACUGCAGCCUCAGAAACACCUUGUAUGUCCUGCCACAGACAGUAAGAGGGUGGAAAGUAG